AUGCUGUUUAUUCCCGUCUUUAUUUUGCUUGGAGCCGUCGCUGCUGCCCGAGGCACUGCCAAACGCGACAACAGCAGCCUUGUGGUCACCAAAGUCCCAGACUACGUCCGUCCCUACGUCGUGCGCGCCUACACCCUUGACGGCGUUCGCAUCGGCUCCCAAGUCUAUCGCUUCCCCGUCACAGGGCCAUCCUCAGACAAUGCCUUUACGCUGAUCAGCACCGCCGCGCCGGCGAGCAGCGAGCUGGGCGUCCUGCCCCACAUCCACCAAGCCCACUAUGAGAACUUCUACGCCCUCCGCGGCCGCUUCGCCCUCUGGGCAUCCAAGGACAACACCACGGCCGGUCGCAUUUUCACGCCUGGCGACUACGGCGCCGUGCCCCCCAACACGACGCACAGUUUCCAGAUUCUGGAGCCAUUCACCGAAAUGGUCGGCGUCAUCCAGCCCGGCGGCUUCGAAGACCUCUUCUAUUUCCUCGCCAGUGCAAAUUACAGCUCUCAGACGUACGCGCCAUUUCCACAGGGCAACUUCACAAGUCCCGGCGGCGACGCGGAGACGAUUAGCAAGCUCCAGAAAUUCGAUGUCUGGGCGCAGCUGCAGUUCAGCCCGCCGAUGGACUUCGAUGCCAACGGGACGAGCGGGGAUGAAGGCGCAGUGUGGCACAAUGGCAUCAACGAACUUGCAUCCGACAGCGCGACCCCGUUCUUCGUUGCCAACGGGUACGGCCGCAAGACGCUGACCCCUGCCUCCGCGGACAACGCCUCGUACGCCGUCGUAGAGCCCUUCAUCACAGCCACCCAAUCCGAGGGCAAUUUCACCGAGGGUACAAUCACUUUAUCCCGCCUACCGUCAUCGUCUCAGCCCCAGGCGUGGAAAUUGCCGGGGCAUACGGCGCUGGAAGUCGUGGACGGGCUUGUAGGCGUGAAGGUGGACGGAUAUGAAGAGGAAUUGAAUCUGAGUGUGGGCGAUGUGGUGUUUGUUCCGGCGGAGACGACGUGGAGUUUCUGGGGCGAGGCGGCGUUCUCGAAGGUGCUGUAUGUGGGGCAGGGUAGGGACACGGUGGACGCGAGGUUGAGGGAGCAAGGGAGUGAGUGGGGAAGUGUGGUGUGGCCGGCAUAG